CGGGAUCGUGAGGGCUGGAAGGAAGGGACCUCUGGGGAUCGUCCAGCCCCACCUCACCUGGAGCGGGUGACACAGGAACGCCUCCAGUGCUUUCAGUUCCGAGGACUGGCAAGGCAUUUGCCAAUGCUUUUGAAGUACCUCUGGUGGAAGUGAAUCUCUGAUUACCCUGACAGCCAGGACAGCUCCAUCCAGGAUCUUGAGCAAAACAGCUCCAAAAAAGAAAGAAGAGGUGUUUCAGUGUCAGAGGGUAACGUGCAGGGAAUCGGUGUGUCCUUCUGGCCAAGCUGCGUGGGCCCACAUCACUCCUCCAUCAUCAGCAAAGGCACCAGAGGUGGAGUAGCAGCAUGGAGGAGCAGGUGAGACUGGCAGAGCUGCCUGCAGCCUUGGACAGCACACUCAUGGUCCCCAGGAGUGGGCUUCAGCAUGCAGCUGUCACCUCCUAUGGAUACAAACUGCAGUGCCUCUGGAUCCAGGUGAGGAAGAUCGCCAGGGAGAGGGACAAGGCGAAGCUGGACUUGGAGAAGGCAGAGAGACACUGCCUGCAUCUUGGCAGGGAGCUGGACGAGCAGUACGUCGCUCUCAAGCACACCCAGAGCAAGCUCAAGGAUUUGCAGGCAGAAAUAGAAGCAAAAGAGCUGCUUUUGCAGCAAGCAGUCAGUCACCAGGCAAAGCUGGAGGCUGAUACACAGUUCCUCCAGGGCAAAGAGGCCAGCCUGCAAGGGAGACUGAACCACGUGAUGAAGCAGAACACAGAGCUGCAAAACAAGGUCACAGAGAUGACUGAGAAACUGUCAGCCUCUGAGGAACUGGUGUUGGAGCUGCAGAAAGAACUCAACCACAUUGUGAAGGAAAAGCUGGGCCAGGGGGAGCCCCACAGCCCGGAGUUCCUGAGCCAGAGCGAGCGCUUUGCCGAGAUUGUCCUGGAGUACGAGCGGCAGUGCCAGAGAGUCAAGGUGCUGUAUGACCAGAACAGGGCGCUGCGGAGGGAGCUGCAAAGGCUGCGUCUCCAGCUCCAGGAGAGCAGGGCUGAGACAGGGCUGCCAGCAAGAGGCCUGUCCUUACAGGGCUCCUCUCUGCCAGAACGCCCCUCUCCAAGCCCUCUUGUUCCUACUUCUACAUAUACAGAGAUGUCACUCCCAGUGGAGCAGCUCCAAGAGCAGCUGCAAGAGCUGAAGGUGCAGCUGGAAGCCAAGAUAAACUAUUACAAGGAACAACUAGAGUUAAUGCAGAAAAACUUUGAGAGAGAGAGGAAGGACAGUGAGGAAAGCUUCAAGGCUGAGAUGCACAAGAUGGAAGACCAGAAGAGAGACCUGGAAGAAACAGUUGCAAAGUACUGGGCUGUAAUUAGUAGCCUGAAAGAGCAAAAACCUAUGUGGAGUCUGGAGCUGGAGGAGAGGUUUGAGGUGGAGCAGGCCAGGGUGGGACAGCACCACACUGAAGACAUUUGCCAUCCAGGGCAGCAGCUGGACCAGGAGGGAGAAGAACUGAGGACACAGCAGCACCAGGACAGAUUGAGCCUGAGGAAACACGUGAACAAGUUGGGCAGAGAGAAGGUGGAGGAGCUGGCUGGAAUAGCAGAGUUAACAAUGUUGAGCGAGAAGAGCAAAGAGGAGGUCUCCCACCCGAAUGUCAAGGUGCAUCAGCUGGGCUGUGAACUCACUGGGCACAAGGCUGGUCACAGUGCCCAGCUGCAGAGCCAGAGGCUUGCAGAGGCCGAGUGGCCACGAGGAGCAGAGGUGGCUGCAAGGCUGGAACACCACCAGAAGCAUGCAGCAUGUUGGAUGGAAGUGGAGCUGCUCCAACAGCAGCUGAAGGCCUCUCAGGAGAAGCUUUUAGAAGCCAAAGCAAGCCUGAGCCUGGCCCAGACCCAGCACGCUCUGCAGUUGCAGCAGGCCAAGGCCCAGAUGAACAACAUGGUGUCAAAGCAGCAGUUUGAGCAGCUGCAAACCACUUUGAGAGAGGAACAGUGCAAGACUCAGCAGCUCCAGGAAAGCCUCCACCAGCAGGCUGAGCAAACAUGCAGGCAGCUGGUCAGCAUCCAGGCAGAACACGAGCACCUGCUGCAGGCUGCUGUGGAGCAGGCAGAGGGGCUGGAACACAGCCUGAGGAGUGCUGAGGCUGUGCUGGCAGAGAGGGCAGCUCAGCUCAGAGACGCCCAGGCCCAACUCUCCAGGAACAAACUGCUGAUCGAAGACCUCCGUGGGGAGAACAGGGGGUUUGCAGUGGCCAUGAAGGCUGCUGAACUGAAGCAGAAGAGCACAGAGGAGAAGAACCAGCUGUUGGAGGAGAAAGCCUCAGCUCUGAAGCAGCUUAUCGGAAAAAUCACACCAGCAAGUCUGAGUGGGUGAUGGGACACCUUCAGUGGCAGUCCUGCCCCUGCUCCUGGCUGGGGUUGGUUGGGUGCAGAAGGGGAGGUAUGGCUGGGUUGGGAAAUCAGCCUUGUCCUCUCCGGUCUUGUCAGGAUGUUCCUGCAUAGAAAAUAGAUAAUGGAGAACCCAGACCUUUAGGAAGUUUGUCCUGUGGAUAGCUGAAUUUUCCAACUGAAAGCACCAGCUUUGCUGCAUUUCUCAGUGGCAGUGUGCUGUUAUAAGUCAGGUCUGUCUCAGGGCAGCCAUCCCACAGGAUUUUCUUGAACUCCAGCAGUGUUUGGUGGUGAUGCAGAUGCUCCCUCUCUGUAGAGGGUUGAUGUUGAGGCCACACUGUUAUGGCUGGAAAGCCAGGGCAGAAGGGCUUGCAGGUUCCUGUGUCUGGCUCACUCUGAUCAGGAAAGCUGUGUGGUGGUAUUAAAAUGUUUGCAAUAUUACAGCACUUCCUGCCA